AUGGAGCAAUUUUAUCUCCAUCUCUUAGUUCUUCUUGUUUUGUCCAUCCUCCUACGCUUCCUCAUAGCCCCAGGCCAUGCGCCUGAAGAACCGCCACUGGUUUCUUCCAGGAUUCCCUUCAUCGGGCACCUCAUCGGUUUAGCACGAUAUGGAAACCGAUAUUAUGUCCGCCUUAGCGCGCAGAGCCAGCUACCUGCUAUCACAAUCAACAUCUUCAGGCAGAAGAUUUACCUCAUAUAUUCUCCCGGUCUCCUAGCGGCGGCCCAACGUCACGCCAAAUAUAUAUCAUUCGAGCCAUUUGCGGCGCUCGCUAUAAGACGGGCUGCUGGAAUUAAGGGCAAUGGGCCUAUAGUAUCGUCGAGUUCUGAAAAGGGGAGAUCCAGUUUUGACAAACAAAUGAAAGAUGCUGUUCAUUCUGUUCUGCUUGGAGAGGCAAUGGUAGGAAUCACCCGUGCAUCCGUAGCAGCGAUCAAAAAGAGCGUAGAUGACUUGAGAUCCACGGAGGUGGAUCUCCUUACCUGGUGCAGGCAUGUCCUCACCAUGGCCACAACCGACUCUAUAUACGGACCUAUGAAUCCAUAUAGAAAUCGAGAGGCUGAAGCUGCAAUAUGGGAAUUUGAUUCUGGUCUGGGAAAGUUAACACUGAAUUUUGCCCAAAGAUUCAUCGCCCGUGAAGCAUAUCAGGCGCGGGAGAAACUCGUGAAACGGCUCCUUGAAUACUUCGAAAAAUGUGGCUAUAUCAACGCCUCGUCGUUUGUGCAACGAAGAUUAGAAGUAGAAAGGAAAGCCGGCGCGACGCUUGAAGACAUCGCCAGGCUCGAAACUUUAAUGGUCCUGCCGCUUCUGAGCAAUUCUGCUCCGUCGACCUUUUGGGUGCUCUUCGACAUUUUCUCUCGACUAGACUUGCUCGAAGAGAUCCGCAAGGAAAUUGUCCAAAAUGCCCUUCAGUUCAAGCCAUGCGAUGAUUCGAUGGGCAAACCAAAACAAAUGUGCACCCUUAACAUGAAUAACAUCCGCGAUAAAUGCCCCCUCCUUGUCGCAACAUGGCAAGAAACACUCCGCUUGCGUGCCAACACUGCCUCAGUGAGGUUUGUUUCCAAGGACACAAAGCUGAACGAUACAUACCUCCUCAAAGCCAACAGCAUCGUACAAACGCCUGCGAACGUGCUAAAUGUGGAUCCAAAUAUAUGGGGCCCUGAUGCGCACCUUUACAACCCCAGGCGCUUCCUUGAUACCAGAGCCUCUCCUGGCGCAGGUGGCGAUAGGAAACGCGAUCGAAAGUGGAACGGGUUCAUGACCUUCGGGGCGUCCCCAUGGACAUGCCCUGGUAGGCACUUCGCCACUGCGCAAAUCCUUGCCCUCGUUUCCUUGCUCGUGAUGAAAUUUGAUAUCUCGCCCGUUGCUGGAGACUGGGUUUCCCCGCGCAUCAACCACAGGAGCAUGGCUUUAGCAAUUUCAAUUCCAGCAGAAGGCUUAAUGGUGAAUGUUGUUACAAGAAAGGAAGUUAAAGGUAUUGACUGGGAAUUCCAAAUGAUGGAAGGAAAAGGUAAGUUUGGGCUUAUUGUUGGGUAG